UAUCAAUUGUUAUAUGUACCCACAGAGGGCUAAAAAAUGUCCCACAGUGUGUCCGAAGUUCAAUCGUUAUAAUUCGUGUAAUGGCCUCAAACGACAAUGGUCACAAUAGCCUGACACGGACCAUUCAUUUUGGCGUACGUUACGGCGCAUCGAUAGUCGCGCAUAGGUGGCAGCACUAAUGGCGUCGGUGCUACGGCGCGUAUGCGGUUUGAUUUUGUUAUCAGUAGUGGUGCCGUAGUUGGUGAGAGGAGGCGAGCCUCUGUCAUAGCAGUUAUACGACGAUCCGAUGUAAAGCUUUUAUUAUGCAUGAUCAGAACGGGGCUAAGGACCCCCUUUUUGCGAUUCUAAUGGCAUUGACAAAAUAAGAUCAACCAGGAUACAACGGAUAACAAUGGAAAUUCAUGUUGAAUCGAUUAUAAGAAUCCGAGCUCCAUUAUAGAUAUCAACGAAGCCAUUUUUGAAAACGACACGAAGAGAAAAAUAUUUCAGAUAAGGAAAUCGACGGCACAUCAAAGGAGAAAAUAAAAAAAAAAUAUAUAUAUAUAUAUACAAACAUAUUAAAGACGCGUCGCGCGACUUUAAUCUUUUAUUCGAGCAAAAUCUAAUAAACGAGAAUAAUGUAGAAAAAGAAUCGCCUAAACUGCACAAUAAAGUUUAAUGUAAAACGUUACAUGUGACCAGAAGCGAAGACAAUCCUAGAACAAAGUUACCUAAUUAGCGAAUACUUAAACCGACAGUAUAAAUGCGCGAAAAAAAGAUUACCGUGCAUUAAUUAAAUGGAAAUAAAUAUCUAUAUGUAUACACGUACACUAUUGCAUAAAUCUUUAUCGAAAGUUAAUUGUUAAACAAUAAAGAGAGCACAUAUACGCAUACAUAUAUACACACACACACACACACACAUACAGACACGCACAUAAUUGUCCAAAAGAGAAAGAAAAAGAGAAUUUAUAUUAUAUUUAAACAUUGUUGAUCAAUAGUAACACAAGGAUAUAAUAAUAUUAUUAAUAAAUAUAAAAGUCUACGCGCGUACCUAUUCGAAUCGAGUGUUACGAAUCUUGAAAGCUAUCAAGUGAUAAAGGACAAGAAAGAAAGAAAGAACGAAAGAAAGGAGAAACAGAAGGAGCACAGUGUGAACACCUAAGGGGAAGAGAAAAAAGGAAAACGAGAAAAGGGAUAUGUGAAAGGGAACAUACGUAUACUUGCUGAAAAGGAAGUCUCGAGUGUCGAUCUAGGAAAAAGGGAGUGAGUUCCUAUCUGGUACGUCCACCCUUUUAAAGUGCGUCAAUUUAUCCACGGGAAAAGAAGAGGAGAGAAAGAAAGAGAGUGAAAUAAAAACAAGAUAAAAGAAAGGGGCAAAAAACUUCGGUUAGCAAAAGACAGGUAAAUGCGUUGAAGUUCAGGGAGAAUAAAUGACGUUUUUUAAGUGAACGUGGAACGUUCUCUUACUUAAUGAAAAAUUCGUCUUUCAUUGAGAAUACGUGUUUAAAUAUUGAAAAUGAGGUUUACGCUGUUUUAAUAAAUAAUUGAAGUAUUAGACGAUUUAAACGUGAUCGUGAAAUUUAUUUACGGAAAACAAAACAAAAGAAGAAAAAAAGAAAAAAAAAAAAGGAAAAAGAAAUCAGUAUCACUUUAAUUUCGAAAUGAAUCUUGAAGUUGAACUUAUAGCUGGAGUGGUCAAAGGUGGUUUACCACCGGCUCAUCUACCAUCUCCAAGGCUUAUCAAGAUAUUUAUUGCUGGCGAAAGGGAUGAAUUCUCUGCGGAAAGGAGACAACUAUUAGAGGUAGUGGGUCCAGAACUACAAUCGAUUUACGAUGAUAUGGGAAUUGAGGUAUUGUUGGUUGAUAUGCAAUAUGGAACCAACAAAAACCCAGAUACCAAUCCAAGGCUGGCAGAAUUCUUUUUAGAAGAAAUAAACGCAUCUCAUCGGCAUUCCCGAGGUUGUUUUUUGCUGCUACUGGCCGGAGCCGAUUACAAUACAGGUUGGGUACCUACCAAGUUCGAGGAAGAAACUUUCCAUGCUCUUCUCGGUUGCUGUUCCGUGUUAGACGAGUACUACGUGCAAGAUGGUCGUUAUUAUACAUUGAAAGCUUCUAGUGUGGAAACAGCACAAGACGAUUGGCAAUUGGCGCAGGAAUCGAAUUUGAGGAAAAUUUUAAAAAUCGCAGCCGAAUCGAUAAUCCUUGACCAACCAGACAAUAAAGAAGUUCAAAACGUGUUGAAGAGUACGACGGAACGACAAUUGGAAUACGGCCUAAAUCUUGAUGAAGAUGGGAAUGGAAUUAUGGCUAUUAUUAGAGAUUGGACUGGUAAAGAUGUUCCGAAGGUCAGUCCCGGUGCUAUGAGCUUCCGGUCACACAUUGAGUCGUAUUUACCAGCUGAAAACGUGAUUCACCUUGAGGUUGACUAUAAAACAGACGGCAUAGAUACAGACAACGACUCCCAUGAUAAUUACUUGAAUAAAUUUAGACGAUUCGUUCUUGAGAGACUACAAAAUUUAGUUAAUGCUUCGAUAGAGAUCGAUCCGGAGAUUAAGAGUCGAAAGAAAAUGGUUCAGGAAGUUUAUGCGGAAAGUAUGGCGCACUUGUCGUUGUUGCGUGAAAUAAAACCCGCCGAGGAGGAUGACGAAUCUAUCGCGCGUAUAAAAAAACUUUUAAUAUCUGGAAUGGAUCAAAAACAUGGCCCUAUUUUAAUAUGGGGUCCCAAAGCUUCUGGGAAAUCUUCUAUACUCGCUAAAAUAUAUGAAAGUGUUCCAGAAUGGUUCGGUAAACCGACUUUCAGAGUUGUACGGCUCUGUACGUCGACGCCAAAGUCGGCUUAUAGCUUAGAGCUUCUACGGAUUUUGUGUGAACACAUUGGCUUCUUAUCGGGUAACAACGACGGUAAUCUUCCACGAGAUGCUUCCUUCGAUCCUUUGUACUUAAAUAAUUGGUUCAGUCAAAUAAUGCGUGGUAUUGAAGCACAACCUUUGUCCGAACAAUUGAUCGUUAUGGUGGACGAUCUGCAUCGUCUUCAUCCUUUGGAAUGCGAUAUCGUUGCUGCUUUAUCGUGGUUACCAUUAAACUUGCCCCAAGGAAUACAUUUUAUAGCGACGACUACUGUACCACCCGAAGCAUUACGGCUGACGCCACUUCAAAAAGAAAGACUCCGAAGCAAUGAAAUACUUAUUGAAUUGUCUGACAAUCGAUGCAAUCUCCCAGAUAUAGAAUCAGCUUUAGACAAUCUGGAAAAGCUUGUCGGUCCAAGAGCAGCAAAUAAAAUUGGUUCGCUUUUAGCAUGCGCAGAAUACGGUCUUUCCGAAACAGAGAUUCUCGAGUUAAUUAUGCCCACGGGAGGAGAUGAUCCAUUAUCUUUAACAUUGGGACAAUAUAAUUUUGCUACAUGGUGUUUAGUCCGAAGAACUUUGACUCCUUUAUUAAGGGUACGAGUAAUGAGCGGCAGAUUAAUGUUUGGGUGGCGUUGGUUAAGUCGUGAAGUAGCUAGGAAGAAAUAUCUCUCGGAUCAGGAUGUAUCGAGAAUGUGCCAUGCAGAACUGGCAAAUCUAUUUUUUGCGGAAGAAACCGAAGAUAGCGAGGAAAAAUCACCGCAGGGCCCUGUAGAACCACCCGCAAAGGAGACACCUUUUCAAAGCGCUCCGCAAUCGCAAGAUAUUACAUAUACUCUACGACACGUCGAAGAAGCAUGGCUUCAUUUGCUACGAGCUGGCGAUGUUGAUAAACUCAAAAGAUUGGCUGUCUGUGCUUUUGAUUUUCUUUUAGCUGGUGUACAAAUGAUUUCCGUGAGUUAUUUGCGAUGUGUACUCGAACAUGCAAGGAGAUAUCUUUUGGAAAGAGAUUUGGAGUUGGUAUAUUAUGCUGUUAGGAAAUCAAGCGAUGUACUUACUAGAGAUCCGCUUCAGCUUGGAGCACAACUUAUUUGUUGGCUAAGACCAGUUGCAGAUGAUGGUGGAGAUCUUGUAAGCAGAAUGGUCAUGGCAGCAAUGGCAUGGUGUGAUGGCUAUACCGCACCUCUUUUAGUUCCUCUAAAUGGUUGGCUUCAACCUCCUCUACCUCUUCAGAUUCGUGCUUUGUCUUGUCCGCAAGGAGUCCGUCUAGUCGAAGCUGCGCCAUCGGGUCAACACGUUGUGGUUGUUCCACCGCAAGGAGAUGCUCAAUUAUGGCACGUUAUGUCUGGUCAACUAGUACAUACUUUUAAAGGUCAUUCUAGUCCGAUAUCAUGUUUAGCCAUUACGCAUCAAUCUCAAUAUCUACUUACUGGUUCCGAAGAUACCUCCAUUAUAGUUUGGGAUAUGAAAGAAUUAUCAUUGAAACGACGAAUUUGUGAACAUAUAGCACCUGUUCUUACGUUAACAGCAGCUAUAAAUAAUUCCAUUAUCGUGAGUGGUGGCGAAGAUUCUAGUAUCAUUGCAACUAGUUUACUUACUGGCGAGGUAUUAGUAAAAAUUGAUCAUCACAGAGGACCCGUUACUGCAAUACGCGUAGAUUCAGCAGGAGAAGUUCUUGUGUCUGGGUCAACCGAUGGAACAGUUUGCUUAUGGUCUUUAGAAACAUUUACUCUUCUCAACAGCAUAACGUUACCUUCUCCUGUAGCCAAUCUCGAUGUAUCGGCAGAUUCUGUCUUUUUGCUGACUGCUUGUGAAGAUCAAAAACUCUAUUUAAGAUCAUUAGCUACUGGAACGGAGAUACAUACAUUAAGAGGACAUCAAGGUCCUGUUAGAAGUUUAUGUCUUGCUAGAGAUUGUAGAAGAGCUAUUGCUGGUGGUAUAGAGGGGAGAGUUUCUGUUUUUGAUAUACAUAGUGGUAGACUUAUUAAAACGUUACCUGCUAAUCCUUCUGCGGAUGUUACAUCUGUGAAGGUUACUGAAAAGGAUGAUUUUCUUAUUACUGCUGGAGGAGGACGUGUAACCUACUGGAGUUUCCGGGGCGAGGAAGCUCCGUCAAAACCACAAAAACUUGGUAAACAAGAAUCACUUCAACCACACACCUCACCUAUAUCUUGCUUAGAUAUAUCUAGAGAUGGUGCAAUGGCAGUUACGGGUGGUGUCGAUUCUUUAGUAAAUUUAUGGCAAUUAAAUACGCAUGAAUUAAUGUCAACAUUAGAAGGUCAUAUAGCAAGUGUUACGUGUAUCACUUUUUCUGCGUCUGGAUUAUUUGUAGCGUCUGGUUCGGAAGAUAAAACGGUACGUGUUUGGGGUUUAACUUUGGGCCUUGUUGUAGCGACGUUUAGACAUCAAGCAACUAUUACUUCUGUCAUAGCUAUGUUAGAUGGUAGAAGAGUUGUCAGCUCCGACAGAGCUGGAACUAUUAGAGUAUGGGCCGCAGAUAGUGGAACCUUGAUUCAAUCUGUUUGUGGUCCAGGACGAUGUUUUGCUGUAGCCGCCGACAUGAGAUUUGCUGUUUGUGGUACUGGGGAUAAUCAAGUUCGAAUAAUAAGUCUGGGAGCUGGCCCAGAAGAGAAACGUCAAGUUUCUCAUUCACAGGAUAUUACGUGUUUGGUAGUAACGCCUGAUUCACAAUCUCUUAUUACUGGUUCUAGAGAUAUGAGUCUAAAGGUGUGGCAACUUGCUGGAGGCAAAUUAUCACAGGUGUUGGUCGGUCAUACCGAUCAUGUCACUUGCGUUGCAGUAGCAGUUCUUGAUAAAUCUAUCGUCGUAUCCGGUUCUCGUGAUGCCAAUUUGAUUGUAUGGGAUAUAAACACUGGGGCAGAUUUGCACACUCUCACUGGUCAUCUUGGUUAUGUAACUUGUAUCAGAUUAUCCGGUGAUGGUACUUUAGCAGUUUCUGGUAGCGAGGAUAAAAGUUUAAUAGUUUGGGAUACGAAGAAAGGCACUGCUUUAAAUUCUAUUAUGCUUCAUGUACCAAUUCUUGGUGUUGAAAUGUCUACCGAUUGUUCGAGAUUAGCAUUGCACUUAUUAGAACAUAAAUGCAUGCCCAUUCUUUGUCUGCAUAAUACACCAGCGCAAUAUGUUAAACUUCCACCAUACGUUGCUCCGAGAGAUUUACGACCACCUGGUCCUAAACGUCCUGCUAGAAGGUUAUUGAAAAAAGAGGUUUCUUUGGAUACAUAUACGUGGCAACGGAAGUACGGCCAUCUUACAACAGGUGUAACGGUAUCAACUGUCGAAGAACGAUUGAAACGUCGAUUCAGUGUCAGUGCUUCUAUGGAGGAAAUUAGUAAAGCUGGUUUAGCUGGUUCUCAACCAGGCUUAGGUCCAGAACAAGCAGCACUGGCUCAGUCUCAACAUUUUGAUCAGUUGGAAGCAAUUUGGAACAAGCAAUCUCCACCUCCCAGACCGCGUGGUUUAAGAACUUUGUCAAAACAGAGUUCUCUUCAAACCACUCGAAUAUCCGACUCCGAAGAAGAAGGUAGGCGUGCCAUGUCGUGCAUCGCCUCCUAAACACAUUCUUUAUUAUUUGCUGUUAGAUCACAUGGUCACAUAGUAACGUAGUUUGUAUUGUCUUUAUCAUAGUUUGAGCAAUACAACAGUGCUUAUAUAAUUGCGUUAUAGUGCUUCUACGUGUCAUUAGUGGUGUUUUUUGAAUAUAUUUAUUAAAGACAUAUCGUAAUUGAUAUUAUUAAAAUAAUUAUAAAUAUUAAAUCCUCUAAUGAUACGUAAUAUUAUCGGUAGCUCUUAGAUAUUGCACGUUUUGAUAUUAUGUUAACUCUGACUGUUAAAUCUGUCUUCCAAUUCGUUGAGGAAACGAGUCGUCGUUAUCGAAACAAAGAAUAAUGGAUUUUAUUUUUUUCAGAUUUGAAUACCUACGUUAUAAAUGUUUCUGUAUAAAGUAUUAAUCGUAGAUGUAUUUCCAAAAUGAAUUAGUUUAUAUCUUAAAUAUUAGUGGAUUUUGAUGUGUGAAAAAUGUGGGAAUUAAAAAUAUAUUUGUUUUUUUUUUUUUUUUAUAAGUUAUAUAUUUUGCUUUUUUUGUGGCGUGUUAUCAUUUAUCGAAAAUAUUUGCGAAAAAGCAUAAUCAUCAUUUAUAUAGAUUUUAAAUUAAUCUUAAAUAACUUUAAAGUGUUAUCGUCUGAAAAAAUCUAUUUGUGUGAAAAAAAAAAAAAGAAACGUGAAGUUAAUUUAAAUGCCGUAAUAAUAAUAAAAA